AUGGCAUUUGAGAGAAGAAUAUGCUCGAUAGGAAAGACAGCGAUUUCUUCAUCAGACAAGGCAUCCGUACAGCUGACGCUGGCAAUGCUUGAUCAGUAUGGACAGAUUACUGGGAACGUGAGAAUCUAUGACAUUUCUGGGGCGAUCAGAAAGUCUGGCCUUGGUGACGGGCUGAUACUUGAGAAGAUAAGAGCGGAUGAGGCCGUUUGA